CAAAUGCGGGUUAGUCGGCGGACGUCGGUUGGGAACGGCGGGUGUUAUAACGGUGUUUCGUGUCUUUUCGUAAAGAAUGGCGUUAUUUCAGCGGGUUUCUAAAGGCAAAGCCCACCUUCUCGACGUAAAACGAGCCGUUAGGGUUCAAAUUCUUCACCGCUGAGGGUCUUCGAGCGCAGGUUUGCUCCGUUUUUGUCCCCCCCGCCGCCGCAGCUGCUCGCCGGGAUGAUAACGUUAGCCGCUAACGUUAGCCUCCUCCUUUAAGACGGAGCAACGACGGUCGCGUGAAGACGCAGACGCCAAGAGUUUGGUCGUUUUGCUUAUUUUUAAUGAAUAAAAAGGCUUUAAAAUGGGGGUAGAGUUGUGGUAAGACAUCCUCUGUGUAAAGGUUAACCUAGUUUUAAUAUUAAGUGAGUAAUUUUAAGUAAUUGUGACAGCCGUCAUCGUCGUCCCCCGUCGUCCGCGUCCCCAGUCGUCGUUGUCUCCUCAGCUUUCCCGCCGCGCGUGUGAUGAUAGCAGACACAAUGACUCUGCUGUCUCUCCUCGGUCGCAUCAUGCGUUAUUUCCUCCUCCGGCCGGAGACCCUGUUCCUCCUGUGCAUCAGCCUGGCCCUGUGGAGCUACUUCUUCCACACGGACGAGGUGAAGACCAUCGUCAAGUCGAGCCGCGACGCCGUCAGGAUGGUCAAGGGCAAAGUGGCCGAGAUGAUGAUGACGCACGAGGGGGGCCUGGGGGGGCUCCGCGCCCUGGACGCCGAGUUCUCCAACACGUGGGGCUUCCGAGACGCCAAUGUGGCCGUGUACUCCAUCCAGGGCCGCCGGGACCACAUGGAGGACCGCUUCGAGGUGCUCACCGACCUGGCCAACAGGAGCCACCCGUCCAUCUUCGCCAUUUUCGACGGCCAUGGCGGCGAGGCAGCUGCUGACUACGUGAAGGCGCACCUGCCCGAAGCCCUGAGGCAGCAGCUGCAGGUGUAUGAGCGAGAGAAGAAGGACAGUCCGCUCUCCUACGCCUCCAUCCUGGAGCAGCGCAUCCUCACUGUGGACCGAGACAUGGUGGAAAAGUUCUCCGCCUCACACGAAGAAGCAGGCACUACGUGUUUGGUGGCUCUGUUGUCUGACCGGGAGUUGACCGUGGCUAACGUGGGGGACUCCCGUGGUGUCCUGUGCGAUAAGGACGGAAAUGCGGUGGCUUUGUCUCAUGACCACAAACCCUACCAGCUAAAGGAGCGCAAGAGGAUCAAAAGAGCAGGUGGCUUCAUCAGCUUUAACGGCUCGUGGCGCGUGCAGGGCAUCUUGGCCAUGUCCCGCUCGCUCGGCGACUACCCCCUGAAGAACCUCAACGUGGUCGUUCCCGACCCGGACAUCCUGACCUUUGACCUCGAUAAGCUGCAGCCCGAGUUCAUGAUCCUGGCCUCGGACGGCCUGUGGGACGCUUUCAGCAACGAGGAGGCCGUGCGCUUCGUGCGCGAGCGGCUGGACGAGCCACACUUCGGCGCCAAGAGCAUCGUCCUGCAGUCCUUCUACCGCGGCUGUCCCGACAACAUCACCGUCAUGGUGGUAAAGUUCAGGAGCAGCGCUGGCGGUAAGACAGGGGAGUAGAGCCCUCCAUCAGGCCCCGCCCACUGAGCGUGUCAAUGCAAACCUCAGAGGAUAAGAAUAUUUUUACGCAGCUCUUUUAUAGACGUAUGCCUGUGCAUGUAUGUGUGAAUACAUGCUUACUAAGGAUACGAUCAACAUUGAUUCUUGCCGCUGUGCCAAAUGGACACCGUUUAAAACUUUUUGGCUGCUUUUUUUUCCUUAACGUAAACCACUGGACAUUGAAAUGAAGUUUUUUUUUCAAACACUCAUUGAAAAGAGCAAUAUUAAGUGCAAAUCAGAAUGCCUUGGCCAUGCACGUAUUUUUUAAUAAGGAAAAUGUCAAAUUCUACCUGAACAAUUCACUAGAAUCUGUAUUAAUUUACUCUAAUGCUGCUUGUGAUGCCCUACCAACACCCAUGUACGGGUUACAUAAUCAAGACUGUGGUUAUUAAAUGAAAUGACAGACGUUGUUGCUUUGCAUAGCACAUUUGCUGCUGGUGGUAAAAGGACACUGUAAACUGGACUUAGUAAUAUUUAAUAAUACGUAUUUUAAUAUGGUUCAUUUCAGUCCAAAACUCUACCUAAACCCUAAAUGGACAUUUAGUAAGGCUUUACUCGAAGGCUGUCUGCAUCGGCGCUUUAUAACACAUGCGUAGGUAUUUAAUAACAUGUUUUAAAAGCAAUACUUCAGCAUUUGUGAUCUUAUGUCAGUAUGACUUUAGAUUUUUUAUCAAGUAAAUAACUGAAUUUACUGAAAUGUGUUCCGUUUAUAACACUGUUAUGAAGACCUUAGGCACAGGCCUAGUUAAGAACAUCAUAUAUUGUAUCAGUUCUGUGAAAGAUGCCCUCAAACUAGAAUCAUAUUGGGAAAAUAUAUAUGCACAGUGGCCCUCAUUCAUCAAAGUUGCGUACAGUCAAAUCUGAUUAUAAAAUGAAAGCAUGCAAAUUUCACAGUCCUGUUAUCGAUCAGUUUUAUCUUUGGUGUAUUUGUACAAUUUGAGUGUAAAUAAAUGGACAAAAUGCUUGAUUUGCAUUUAAGUAACCAAAACUAUCAUCAAUAAAAAAGAAUAAAUAUAAAAAUUAACAGUAAUACCGAUAAUUCCAACGCACAGCAAUCCAGUACAAAAGUGGAUGUAUUAAUUAACAUUAACAAUACAAACAUUAACAGUACAAAAUACAGUUAGUGCAGAAGCAUCUUAUACACUUCAGUAGUACAGCGUUUAAAUAUGAUAAUCACACUACACAAUCACAUCAUCCUACCCUAUUAAAAAAGUGUUCUUUUUGUGUAUUUCACAUUUUAUUCUUUCAUUGUAAUUUUGACUCUAUAAAUUUUGGUCAGUAGGGGGAGCAGUGCACUCACUCCUCAACCUCAAACUCCGCCUACAAGCACAGCUCAUGUGCCACAGAAUGCUGUCCUUAUUUUGGCUGCUUACUGAAACAUCUGCAUGAAUUAGGGCGUGCUUCAUGUAAAUGAUAUGUAAAUGAAGUGCAGGUAUGUUGACGCUUGAUUUCACGCACUGACACUGGUUCAUUAUUAGCGCAGAGCAGUUUUUGGUGAAAUCUGCGCUCAUUUUUAUGCAGCGUUGGUGAAUAAGGGCCAAUAUCACGUAAGCUGAUACUGAUUCAGUAUAUGGUGCUUUUAACUAGACUUCUAGAAGUUGUGUUACAUCAGAGGUCGGCAAACCAAAUGUUAAGAAGAGCUGUUUUGUCCUUUCAACAAAAAUCAAACCACCUUUGGAGCCACAACAUUUUAUGUUUUACCAUCUUGGCUGUAAAUAUGUCUCCGUACUUGCUAAUGUCCUAGUAUAGGCUAAAAAAUAUAUAAUAUAAAAGAAAACACAGACUUACUCUGCUUUGCUUUAAGCUUUAGCUCAGCUAAAGCCACUUUUCUCACAUCUCCAGCAGGAAACGUUUCCUGCAAAAGUAGAACAGUUUCUUGUAAAAUGUCUCUUAAUUUUCGACUUUUUGCGAGGCUGAAGUCGCUUCUCAUUCGCCAGCUCCUUGUUCGAAUUUUCCUGUCCUACCUUAAAUGGUGCCUGAGGUGUCAGAAUGUAUCUGCGGCACCAUUUAAGGUGGAACGGGAGGAUUAGAAUGAGAAACUUUGAAUGAGUCACCUUGGUGACUUUUUAGUGUUUGACAGUUUUUUU